GAAGGAGGUAAGGUUGAUGACUCAAUGGUCUCGGCAAUUUUGGGGGCGCCGUGCAAAUGAUGGCAACUUCUAGAUCUUCUUGCUCACCUGCGCUGAGCCUCAAUUCACUCACAGCCUUUCUUCCUUUGUAGAACUUGCACUUACAAAAGCAAUCUCUACCUGCUUUGCCUCUUCAAACUCAUCUGCCACUCCCAAUCCUUUAUACCCUUGACACAACUUGCUCGCCUUUCCUACGCCUUCAGAAGACCCAUAUACACUCUCACGAGACCAUCAUCAAGACAUAUCAUCUACACACCGCUUCAACCACUCCACUCACUCCAAUCAUGUCUGAGGACUGGGACAGUGUCACUCGUAUCGGCAGCAAGGCCCGAGGUCCAGGCGCCGGCGGUGUCGAGCGUGAACGUGUCGUGAAGGGAAAAUCAGCACUCAACGCAGCCAGCCGAGCUGGAGCCAUUGUGGGUUCGGAAAAGAAGUAUGCCUCUGCAAACACCAAAUCAAAUGUGGAAGGUCAGCGCCAGACAAUGGUCGCCAACAGUGACGACAUCGUCAAGCCCAAGACCGUCGGCAGAGAUGUCGGACAAAUCAUCAUGAGGAGGCGGAACGAGAUGACUCCGAAGAUGACACAGAAGGACCUUGCAACAAAAUGUAACACGACUGCCGCCAUCAUCCAGGGGUACGAAUCUGGUAAUGCCACCCCCGACCAAGGCUUGUUCAACAAAAUUGAGAGGGCAUUGAACGUCAAACUACGUGGUGCAGACAUUGGUGGUCCGUUGACAGGUCCCAAGAAGAAAUAAGAGAGAGGAAACCAUACUCUACGGUCUUCAUCGGAGCAUGUCCAGGCGUCGCAGCGAAGUCGUGUCGACAUUUAGCCCGGCGUCGCCACCAUGACACUUUAUGAUUUGACGGACAAAGCCCUUACUGGCGAGCCAUGUUUGAUAGAGGCGCUUUGGACGACCCCAACUUUGCCGAGUCGUUUUUAACAGCACAGGCGGAUCUCAGUCAGAGGGCUAUGUUCUCCA